CAUUACUUCCGUAUUUUGAGAUAUCUGAUACAGAUCUGUAAUCUCUAAGAUCUACAUAAAUGCAGAACUGGAUUCAACAAUGUGGUCAAUUGCGCAAGGCGUAAUACAAUUUAGGCUACCUGGAACGCUACUAUUGUCCAAUCUGUCUGCACGAGGGAAUGUCGCUCUGGCUGUCAUCCUUCCCUGGAGCUGUCAAUUGACAGUACAACACCGAGCCGAAAGCAUCGUAGGAAAGAACACCGUUUAGAUAAAACGUAGAUUUUAGAUUUCUCCUCUUUGGCACUGGAACGGUUGGGCCACUGUCAUAUUUCGAGGCUGACCAACAAACGCGUAGGAGGGAGAAAAACCAAAAGGACUGAAUAGCUAGCUAGUUGCUAGUUAGCAAGCUAACGACCGUUAGCUUUGGCCAGUGCUGCCACUGCUCUGCUAAAGCGUUCGGUAGGAGUGUGCAGUACCAGUAGGCAGGCGAGCUGCGUUGGCAUUUUAGUGUAGUUGAUUGGAAAAAUGAUUGCUACGGUUGCAUGAACAUUUUUAUUUUAUUUCACCAUUGCGGUGUUAGCUUCCUAAAUGUUUUGCCUGGAUGCGUCCAGUCAGUUGCUUGGUUAGCCAGAGAGCAAUGCUAAGUGACGACGUCGACUCAGUGAGGCUGUCGUGUCGGGGGUGAGGAGUUUGAGGAAGGAAGAGGUGACUUACGAUGUUUGGGGGAAGUGUUGGGUUAAUGAGCUAGUGGUGCGUUAGCUGACAGUGAAGGAAAUAACGUUAAUAUUUUACAAUACAUUAUCAACGACCGUCAUUUCGUUAACCAGCUAACUAAAAGCUAAUGCAAAUUAGAGAGGCUAGGUAAUACAGAAAAUACUGUUUUCGGCUUGCUCGCAAGCUAAAUGCAGAGGGAGGGUGAUCAUUGAGUGGCUACUCUCUCAGCUCCAUAAAUAACUGUCACUGACUGAGUGAUAUCCAGCCUAUUUCACAUAACUAAAGAUGGCUACAGCGAGCAGCAUUGCCGCAUCUAUUGCGAGCAAGACGAAGACGAAGAAGAAACACUUCGUGGCUCAGAAAGUGAAGCUUUUCCGAGCCAGUGACCCUCUGCUCAGCGUCCUUAUGUGGGGAGUCAACCAUUCGAUCAAUGAGUUGAGCCAUGUUCAGAUCCCUAUCAUGCUGAUGCCUGAUGACUUCAAGGCCUACUCUAAGAUCAAGGUGGACAAUCACCUCUUCAACAAGGAAAACAUGCCGAGCCAUUUCAAGUUUAAGGAGUACUGUCCUCUGGUGUUCCGCAACCUUAGAGAACGUUUUGGCAUCGACGACCAGGAUUUCCAGAACUCCCUAACCCGUGCAGCUCCGUUAAACAGUGAUUCCCAGGGUCGGAGUGGGGCUCGCUUCCACACCUCCUACGACAAACGCUACGUCAUCAAAACAAUCACCAGUGAGGAUGUGGCUGAGAUGCACAACAUCCUCAAGAAGUACCACCAGUUCAUAGUGGAGUGUCAUGGCAACACGCUGCUGCCUCAGUUCCUGGGGAUGUACCGCCUCACAGUGGACGGAGACGAGACCUACAUGAUCGUCACCAGGAAUGUCUUCUCCCACCGCCUCUCUGUCUACAAAAAAUAUGACCUCAAGGGCUCCACUGUGGCCAGGGAGGCCAGCGACAAGGAGAAGCAGCCACGCCCUCCUGAGGAUGCGCCACCGCGGCCCAAAUCUAACGUUCAGCAAAGGCUGCAAACGCUGCGGAUCGCCACGCGCUUUUACUGCGCCAUGAAACACGUAAGAGACGCCAAGGAGCUGCCCACCUACAAGGACAACGACUUCAUCAACGAUGGACAGAAGAUCUACAUUGACGAUGACAACAAGAAGAUGUUCCUGGAGAAACUACGUAAAGACGUGGAGUUCCUGGCCCAGUUGAAGCUGAUGGACUACAGUCUGCUGGUGGGGAUCCAUGAUGUGGAGCGGGCUGAGCAGGAGGAAGUAGAGAGUGAGGAUAACGAGGGGGAUGAUGAGGGGGAGAGUGACGGAGGGAUUGGCACUCCCCCGGACUCCCCCAGUAACACCCUGGACAGCACCAAGCCCCUGUCCCCGGGGGAGUUUGACCCCACCAUAGACGUCUAUGCCAUCAAGAGCAACGACAGUGCUCCUAGGAAGGAGGUGUACUUCAUGGCGGUCAUUGACAUUCUGCAGCAUUACGAUGCCAAGAAGAAGGCUGCUCAUGCUGCUAAGACCGUCAAACAUGGGGCGGGAGCUGAAAUCUCCACGGUAAACCCAGAGCAGUACUCCAAGAGGUUCUACGACUUCAUCACCACCAUUCUCUCAUAGCCCCCAGGGGAAGGGGAGGGGCACUUAGGAAGAGGAGAGAUGGAGGAAAGCAAAUGGAGAGAAGGGAUGGGUGAGGGUGGGGUAUUGCGCUCCAUCUCUGUCAGCAAGGGUGUCCCUCUCAGCAGCUAAUACCAUCAUUCGUUUACAUUCAUCUUCUCUGCUGUUACAUUGAACAGGAGAACUGCUAUUCUAGGUUCUAGUCCAUACUUUUUUAUUAGUUUGAUUUGUUUACUUUGGGAAUGUUUUUUUACUGCCUCUUAACACCACGUCCUCAACCUGCAUUGUUUUUGUUUGUUCUGCAUUCCUGUUUGGGGGGGGGGUAGAAUGAGGAUGAACAGGGCUGCGAUUGGAUAACAAUAGUGCGGUCACUCGGAGUAAAUACUAUAGGAUGAAGUGCACCUUGAGGCUUAUCCAAUGGCUCGUCUUCAGGAAGUAUGAAGCAGUCUUCCAGUAGGCCUUCAGCCAGUCUAAUCGCCAUUUAUUACAGCCCUGCCCCAGCCAAAGCUACUUUCCUAUUUGUCCCAUCAUCCAUCACUUUCCCUUUAGACCCUCCUCCUGGCAGUGGAUGUUACUCCUCCAUUCUCACCUUACACUGCUAUCCUCCUGUCACACACACUGCUCUCCUCUACCCCUCCCUCCAUAUACAAGAUAAGUUAAGAUGAGUUGUGUUUAAUAAGAUGGGGAGCUGGUCAGUAGAGCUGUGUUUAAUAAGACGGGGAGCUGGUCAGUAGAGCUGUGUUUAAUAAGACGGGGAGCUGGUCAGUAGAACUGUGUUUAAUAAGACGGGGAGCUGGUCAGUAGAGCUGUGUUUAAUAAGACGGGGAGCUGGUCAGUAGAGCUGUGUUUAAUAAGACGGGGAGCUGGUCAGUAGAACUGUGUUUAAUAAAACGGGGAGCUGGUCAGUAGAGCUGUGUUUAAUAAGACGGGGAGCUGGUCAGUAGAGCUGUAUUUAAUAAGACUGGAAGCUGGUCAGUAGAGCUGUGUUUAAUAAGACGGGGAGCUGGUCAGUAGAGCUGUGUGUGAUUUAUGACAUCACUGACUGAUCUGGUUUGUCUCAUUCUGGAUAGUUACCAGGAAGUUGGUGUGUGACUUCCUGUGGGAAAGGGCAGGGCGGUGGUGUGAUCCUUCAUGGACCUUUGAUCCUGCAUUGCCAUCAGCACCUUAAACAAAUCAUUGCACUUUUGUGUUGUUAAACAUAGGAUUUUUUUGUUCUAUUACAUGUGCUGCAACAAAAGCACUGUUUGAAGCUAUCGAACUGUGCCCCAAGAUUUUUGAUGGGGGUGUAGUAGGGAUGAGGGAAAGUGUCUUGGCUGGAAGGCACUAGGGAGUAGGAGGGACUACAGGUGGGUUUGGGACAGGGCCUGAAUGUAGUGAGCAGCAGAGAGAGAGGAGGGGUGUGUUCAGGACAGACAACCCAGUGUUUACCUCUGGCAUCGUACCUGCCUGAACCAGAGUCUGUCUCAGGUCUCCAACCCCGGCCCUGAAGAGGUACUGGGUAUGCAGGCUUUUACUCCAGCCCAGCACUAGCACACCAGAUUCAGAUCAUUUUUGUCCAGACUGAAGACCUUGAUUAGUUGGUUAUUUGAAUCUGUACGUGUAGUUAUGGAUCCCCAAUUAGCUGCUGCCAAUCUUCCUGGGGUCCGGCAAAAUUAAGGCAGUUAUACAAUUUUAAAAACAUUACAAUACAUUCAUAAGAGAUUUAACAACACACUGUGUGCCCUCAGGCCCCUACUCCACUACCACAUAUCUACCAAACAAAAUCCAUGUGUAGGAUUGUGUGUAAUGCGUAUGAAUAUGUUUGUGUUGCUUCAGGUGUUUUAAAGCUGGGCUGGAACAAAAGCCUGCACACCCAGUAGCUCUCCAGGACCGGAGUUGGAAAACCCUGAGACAUACAAAGAGCUCUACAUAUGGUUCAGGCCUGAAUCGGACAUGUCUCAGGUUUUCAUGAGAGAGGGAGAAGGGGAGGGUGGGGAAGAGGUGCUGGGUUGUAGAAAAAUAUCCUUUUGUUUAAGUGGUGACGUCAUGCCAACCUGUCAGCCUCUCCUUUGAACAUUUGUCUGUUAUUCAGACUUGUUGGUGUUUUUGAAAGGUUGUUUAUCUCUGAAUUUGGCAGGUUUGAAUUGACUUGGUAAAUUUGUAUAUUUUGCACAAAAAGGAACCAAAUGUUAUGCAUCUGAUCCUGACUGGUUGCUGUGGUCUUAACAAGGGAAACACAAUAUCAUCAUACCUGUACCAGAACCAUAUACACACUGAGUGUACAAAACAUUAGGAACUCCUACCUAAUAUUGUGUUUCACCCCCUUUUCCAUCAGGGCAUGGACUCUACAAGGUGUCGAAAGCAUUCUACAGGGAUGUUGGCCCAUGUUGACUCAGACUUCCCACAGUUAUCAAGUUGGCCGGCAGUCCUUUUAGUGGGGGACCAUUCUUGAUACACACAGGAAACUGUUGAGCAUUUAAAACCUAGCAGCAUUGCUUUUCUUGACACAAACUGGUGCGCCUGGCACCUACUACCAUACCCCGUUCAAAAGGCACUUAAAUCUUUUGUCUUGCCCAUUCACCCUCUGAAUGGCACACAUGCACAAUCCAUGUAUCAAGGCU